AUACGAAUGAAUGAAUCAAUUGAUCAUAAUUGGUCAACGAAUAAAAUAUAUAUAAAAAUAGCGGGAGUUAAUCAUUAAACAAGCUUUCGUCACCGGUCCGAUUUAAAGGAAUGCAAGCAAUCGAUUAGUUUAGUUCUUCACAUGUACGUGCAUAUUCGUUUCGUCAGUCUGCCUGUCCAGUAAAGCCAAAAUAUGACGUUAAUUGUAAAGACAGUAGGUGAAAAGGUCUUGUAUCACAAUUCCCCGGAUGGGGGCUGGGCUUGGGUUGUUCUCGUCUCUGCCUUCUUCCUUCAAGGGAUGGUGAUUGCAUGGAUUCGAAGCUUAGGACUUUUUUACAAUGAUUUUAUGGAAUCGUACGAUGCAACAAACAGUCAGACAUCAUUUAUAACUUCUAUGGCCGCGGCGAUGAUGGGACUAGCAGCUCCCAUCGCAGGUAUAUUAAUGAGAAAGUUUGGAGGCAGAAAAGUUAUAUUGGCAUCGGGUGUGCUGUGUUGUCUUGGACUUCUGCUGACAGGAUUUGGCAGUGGUAUAUGGACCGCUUACUUGGGUGUUGGCAUAAUCUGGGGAAUUGGAUUCAGUUGGUCAUACUCCUCCACAAUUGCCCAAUUAAACAUAUAUUUCUGUCGAUGGAGAGGAAUUGCUAACGGAAUCGCAGCUACUGGAAGUUCAGUAGGUUCGAUGCUCAUUCCCAUUCUUGCGCAGUAUCUUAUUUUUACGUACGGGUGGAGAGGGGCUUUAAUAGUUUUCGCCGGCAUUGAAUUGAAUAUUUGUGUGUUCGCGUCUCUGGUAAGACCUAUUAGUGCGGUCACAGCAAAGCAGAUGCCGAAAUAUAGAAAUUUACAAUAUGCUGAUAAAGCUACAAAUCUCGAUGAAAUCCAGGCAAUGACUGUUUCACUGGAAGUUCUGGAUUACAUUCAAAAAGCAGAAGAGCAAAAGAUAGUGGAUGUAAACAAAUCCAAAUGUGCCCGAGUGUUGAAAUUUUUAAAUGACUAUUGGCUCCUGAUGCUUCUUGCAUGUGCGGAAUUUGGAAUAGGACUUUGUGUCUAUUACCCAAUCACUUUUAUUGUGCCGUUCGCAAAAGAUUUGGGAUGUACUGAUGAACAAGCAGUGUUACUCCUGUCCAUGACAGCAAUCGGAGAUGCAAUAUGCAGACCACUUAGCGGGUUCUUGCUUUCUUGCUAUCAAAAUAUGGAAAGAAAAAUUUUAUUUAUAAUUGGAUUUAUUUUCUUGGCUAAAGCUGGAAUAUGUGCAAUGGUACUUUUUGCGACCGGUUUCGAGAGUCUUUUAACUUUUUCAAUAUGUUAUGGUUGUCUGUUCGGGAUGUUUGUUACCACAAAGUCGACAGCGAUUCCAGCACUCUUUGGAAUAGAAAAUGUAGUGAAAAUCAUUGGCCCGAUGUUGUUGAUAAGUGGAGUGGCAGCCGCCAUAAGUGGGCCUCUUGCGGGACAUCUGGUAGACAUCUACAAAACGUACAAAGCUGCUUAUUUCUAUUCAAUGGGAUGCUCCAUAUUGACUUUUCUCAUACUCCUAAUUAGCGGAAUAUGUGUACAAAAACUCGGUGCAGUCCUUCCAGAACACAGAUCAUUAAGGGCAAAGUGACACUGAUAUUCACGCACAAAUGUGCGCGUAUUUUACUAAUGAAAGUUUACGCCAUUCUCCAAACCAAUCAGAAUUUAUUUUAUGAGCACGAGAAUAGAGAACCAUAUUGAGUCAACAGCCUAUGCUUAUUGACGCACUAUUUGCACUUGACACGAGAUAUAUAUAUUGUCUCACUGAGACAUUCAACUUGUUAUUAACAAUUCCUCUCGUAAUCGUGUCUAAUAAAAAGUUUUUACACAUGAAAA